GGAGGCGGGGCCAGGUCCCCCUCACUGGCGCUGCGGGCCGCGCUGCGAGCGGCGCGAGGAGUUAUGUGGAGGCCUAGGCUGGGAGCACUGGCCCAGGCGGCACCGCGGAGGCCCUGCCGAGCCGGGCCGCGCACCGUGCUGCGGCUGGCGCCCGGGCCUAGCAGAGCAGGGCUCUGCAGCCUCCCGAUCCGGGCGGGCCCCUUGGCUCUGGGAGCAGGGGCUGGAGCUGGAGCUUCCUGGUCUCCGGGGCAGUUCAGUUGUCAGUUCCAGGGCUCAGGAGGCCAGAUUCCAAAAGUCAAAAAGCAGAGUGUCUAUCUGAUGAAUUUGAGGAAAACAGGAACUUUGAGUGACAAGAACUCACUAGAUGAAACCACUUAUGAAAAACUUGCAGAGGAAACACUGGACUCCUUAGCAUAUUUUUUUGAAGAUCUUGGAGAUAAGCCUUACACAUCCAAGGAUUAUGAUGUUUCAUUUGGGAGUGGUGUUCUAACAGUAAAGCUGGGUGGAGACCUGGGAACCUAUGUGAUCAACAAACAGACCCCCAACAGGCAGAUCUGGUUGUCUUCUCCAUCCAGUGGUCCCAAACGCUACGACUGGACAGGGAAGAAUUGGAUAUAUGCUCACGAUGGAGUGUCCCUCCAUGAACUACUGGAAAAGGAGUUUUCUAAAGCCUUGAAGACUCAAUUAGACAUGUCAUCCCUGGUCUGUUCUGGAAAAGACCAUUGACAGAAUCUCAUUUUUAAAGACAUUGAAUGCUGAAGAUGAAAAGUACCUCUCUCCUCCUCACCUGAAUUUGUUUUUACCCUCAUGUCCUUCCCCAAUUUAGCUUAAUUCUACGUGAUAGUUAUUUGAAAAGAACAUAUAUAUAUUUUUUACCUCAAGUCUGGCUGUGGAUUUCUUGAAAUUGUUUAGUUCUGUUUCUAUACUAUCUCACUUUCAUGAGCCUACAACAAAGAACUAUGAAUGGGGGGAAGGGGGGGUUGCUUGUUUUUUUAAAGCAAAAACACCAGGGAAAGGUGAAUUGGUUUCAUUCUAGUUACACAAAAAUAACAAAGUGACAAACAGAUUGUCAGCCCCACUAGGCUUUAUCAUAAUGAGGCUCAUUACCGAGUGGAAUAUAAAUGUUCCCACACUCCAUCAAAAGAAUAAAAAUACUUGUGAAAACCUUUAGUGUUUCAGCAUCAAAAAGCAGAGGGGGAAUUCUCCAACAAAAGAUAACUUCCUUUGGUUCUUGUGUGUUCUUAAGUGUGAAGCCCAUGUGCUGCUGGGGUUGGAGGGGGGACAGCUGGGCAGCCUAUUUAUUAUUCUUUGCUCCUAGUAAGGUGGUUAAGAAAUGACAGUAACAACAUUACUUCAGGGGCAGUUGUAUAAUAAAAACACUAUUACUUUGGUGUGUAAUGUUACCCAUAUAUUGGGAAUUUUCAUCAAAUUCCUGUUGCUGAAUUAUAUGAUUAAGUUAAAUAAAACACACAUGCUUAGGUUUGGGGCAAAUCAAAUGUAAUUAAGGGUGUUGUGUUGUUUGCACUGAAUACAUAUUCCACGAUCGAAGGAUAAUCUUAAAACAGAAAAAUAGAAAUAAAUAACAUUUAGACUGGGUUUUGGAAAUCUUUUCUCAGUUGUUCCUCAGGUAAUUGAUUAUAAUUUGUUGUGGUUAAUACAGUAAAAUAAUAAUACAGUAAAAGAUCAGUGCCAAUGAUAGAAUUAAUUAAAAUCUUGGUAUUUUUUUUCUCAUGACCAAUUUACUAACAAUGUACUUAGUUGGAAGUCAGCUGUCCAGACAACAACAACAAUAACUACAACCUCUAUAGGAACAAAAUAGAAGGCACUUUACCCUUAGAAGAGGCCCUCAGGACUCUGACCCUUUUUACUCUUACUUUACACAUAGGCUUUUCAAACAAGAAUGGUUAUCGCAUUUGCAAGCCUAUAGAUAAUUAGGAGGGGGAAUAACUGCCAGACUCAGGUGUAUCAACAGCAGUGAAAGUUUGAUUACAAAAAAUUAGACAGCAAACCUAUAAAAAGCAGACACAGCUUUUUUACUAAAAAGGCGACAAUAUGGAGUCAUUUAGUGUAGGAACAAGCAACCUUAUACAUAUCAAUAAGCCCUGAGUCAUCACUGUUUUGUAGUGAUCAUAAUACAGUAUAGCAAUCAUACAGUAUGAUCAUUGAUGUUCAACAUGUUGACCUGACAUCAAGAAAAAAGUCAAAAUGGAUUCUGAUUAAGAAAACAAAAGGUACUUUUAUUUAAAUUUAUUAAAAUAAGCAUUUGGUCUGUAGCGGGCAACUUGGGGCAGGUAGGUGGCACAGUGGAUAGAGGCCUGGAGUCAGGAAAACUCAUCU